CACGCUUUUAAUACAAGACAUAACUGGCGACUCGCGCACAACCACUCUCGCAUAUUCACACAAGAGACAGCAGAUUACCAACUUGCAACAUGGAAAGAGGAGGCAGCUUUGUUGCGCCCGGCCAGCAGCGCUAUCUGCGUGCCUGCAUGGUUUGCUCCAUCGUGAUGACCCAGACUCGCUUCCGCCAAGAAGGCUGCCCCAACUGUGAAGAGUUCCUGCACCUCAAGGGAGACACCGAAGCGAUCGAGUCGUGCACGUCGCAAGUCUACGAGGGUCUCAUUACCCUGGCGAACCCCUCCAGGAGCUGGGUGGCCAAGUGGCAGAGAUUGGACGGCUACGUGCAAGGCGUCUAUGCCAUCAAGGUCUCUGGACAGCUGCCCGAGGAGGUCAGGACGGCCAUCGAGGAGGAAUACCGAAUCACCUAUAUUCCGAGAGACGGGAGUGCGAUUGAGACGGAGUAGAGGUCAUCUCGGCCACACAAGUCUUUAGGGCAGUUUUCACGAUACCCCGGUUAGAGCAGACUGGUACGACGAUGGAAUGGCUUGGACCUUUUCAAUUGGAGACUUGGCGACUGAGCAACAGC